AUGUCACCUUCUCGCACGCUCCCUACGUUUCUCUCCUCUGAGGUGGCCGACCACGACAAUGCUAAAAGCUGUUAUGUUACCAUGGGCACUCGCGUCUUUGAUGUCACGGAUUUCAUAGACAGUCACCCCGGUGGUGGAGAGCUGGUGCUGGAAUUUGGAGGAAAGGAUGUCACGGAGAUGUUGAAGGACGAAUCCUCGCACACCCAUUCCGAAGCUGCCUACGAAAUCUUGGAAGACUCACUGGUUGGAUUCGUCGCGACAGAGAAAGUUAUAGAUACCGCAGUCAAAAGCUCGCAUCCAGACACGAUUCUACCGCUUCCGGCCACACAGAAUGGAUUGAAGGAAUUGAAGCAAAAUGGUGCUGCCGAUGCCCCAGUCUACGCAAGCACGGGCAUGUCCACGGAGGAGGAUCUUUCGAAAGAAACCGACCUUACCAACGAUUACAAGACACACAAGUUCCUCGAUUUGAACAAGCCAUUGUUAAUGCAGGUUUGGUUUGGUGGAUUCGAGAAGGAUUUUUACCUCGAACAAGUACACCGACCCCGCCAUUAUAAGGGAGGAGCUUCAGCCCCGUUGUUCGGGAAUUUCCUAGAACCACUUUCGAAAACAGCUUGGUGGGUUAUACCCGUGGUGUGGCUACCCCCGGUUACCUAUGGCACAUAUAUUGCGAAUGCUGGUCUUUCGAGUACGAUGGAAGAGGUCGCGUAUUGGGGCCUGGGUCUCUUUUUAUGGACUUUGGUGGAAUACAUACUUCACAGAUUUCUAUUCCACCUGGAUAAGUUCCUACCCAACAACAGAGUUGCCUUGACAUUACAUUUCUUGCUCCAUGGUAUUCAUCACUACCUUCCAAUGGACAAGCUCAGGCUAGUCAUGCCACCUACUCUAUUUCUAGCCCUUGCUACUCCAUUCUGGAAGCUUGCACAUUUCGUGUUCUAUUGGAAUUGGUCUGUGGCGACAAGUGUGUUUUGCGGGGGUAUCUUUGGGUACAUUUGCUAUGACCUGACCCACUACUUCCUGCACCACCGAAAUCUUCCCUUCUACUGGCGAGAAUUGAAGAAGUACCAUCUUCAACAUCACUUCAUGGACUACGAGAAUGGUUUCGGGGUAACCAGUCGGUUCUGGGAUAACAUAUUCGGUACCCGGCUCGCGCCUGCUCCCAUAAAGACCUCGUAG